AUUAUAUAUUUAAAGCCCUGUAGUAUAUUUAUAAAAAAUGGUUGAAAAAGUUUCAUUAAGAAAAUCUAUUGCAAAACUGGAUUGUCCAGCUAUUAUAGCUUUUGGCAAUCCUUUGCUGGAUGUUUAUGUAACAAUAAAAAAUGAUGAUUUGUUGAAAAAGUUCAAUCUUCCUACGGAUGGAGAAAUAGAACUUCCUGUUGAAAAAAUGCAGGAGUUGCUGGCGGAUUUACCACUAGAAUCACGACAUAGAUUCAAUGCUGGAGGAUCAGCACAAAAUUCAAUGAGAGUUUUACAAUGGCUUUGUGAUGAAACUCAUCAAAAUCAAUAUACUAUAUAUUGUGGAGGACUUGGAAAUGAUUCAGGGGGGAAAAUGUUGGAGAUCUUAGUUAGAUCAGCAGGUGUGGAUGUCAGAUAUGCAAUACAUCCAACUUUACCUACAGGACAUUGUAUAGCAUUGACAAGUGAAUCAACUCGUAGUCUUGUUGCCAAUAUAGGAGCUGCUGGUGUAUAUACUCUAGAUGACCUUAAGAAAACCAAUUUAUCAUUGGAUACAAUAAAAAUAAUUUAUAUUGAAGGAUUUUUCCUAACACAUAGUUUUCCUUUAGUAAAAGACCUUGUUAAACAAGCAGAAGAAAGAGACAUAAUUAUUGCUUUCAACUUAAAUGGAACAUAUAUAUUUAAUGAUCAUCACAUAGCAAUUUGUGAAAUGGUGGGGUAUGCAAAUAUUGUAUUUGGUAACGCAAGAGAAAUGGAAGCUUUGGCUCAAUCAUUAAAUGUUACAUAUGAAGAUGUAACAGAUAUACCAUUUUUACUGAAUAGUUUAAAGAGAAUUACAGUUAAUGUUUGUAAUACAGUCAAUGAAGAUUGGUUGCGUCAUGGGGGAGUAUUUGUUAUGACUCAAGGUGGCUCAGCUCCAGCAAUUACUGUUUGGGGAAGAAGUCAAUCUGUUCAAGUACAACCAAUUAAACCAAAGGCUCCUGUUGUAGACACUACAGGUGCUGGUGAUGCUUUGGCAGCUGGUUUUCUAGCCGGCGUUUUAGCUCGAUGGAAACCAAAAUAUUGCUUAGAAUAUGGUUGCAAAGUAGCAUCAUUUAUGGUAACCAAACUUGGUAUUACACUACCAGAUAAUGUACCACCAGAUUUAUUAGAAUAACAAUGUUAAUUACGAACGAAACGGUUUAUCAUU